AACAAUGGCGGCCCUCCGACUCACGGUGUUUUUCGCAGCAAUACUCCUCAUUCAUCCGGCAGUAUCAACUCCCCUAGGCGUCGACUACGUCAUAGAUCAACUAGGAUUAGAUGACCAGGCUGACAGUUCUUCUCUGGUUGUCGAAGAAGACAAGACAUGGCCUGGGUUCCCGUACCUAGGUCAAGUAUCAGCUGUCUCAGUUGACGGAGAUGGGAAUCUGCACAUAUUCCAUAGAGGAGACAAAGUCUGGGAUUCCCAAACCUUUGAUCGUAACUUUCGUCUGACAGACACUUCUACGGGACCCAUCCAGAAUGACACAGUCAUCGUUGUGGAUCCAAAAACCAGUAAACUGAUUUAUAGCUGGGGAUCGAACAGGUUCUACAUGCCGCACGGUCUCACCGUCGACCAUCAAGGAAAUACAUGGGUUACUGACGUUGGCUUGCAUCAGGUAUUCAAAUUCCCGCCCCGAGAGGCUAGUGAGGACUUGAUGAUCGGUGAACCUUUCGUUCCUGGAUCCGGCAACAACCACUUGUGCCAGCCAACGGACGUCGCCGUUAUGCCAUCCGGAGAUUUUUUCGUGAGCGACGGCUACUGCAACUCCCGGAUCGUCAUGUUUACGGGCACGGGAAAACUCAUCAAGGAAAUAGGCUCAAAAGAUGGUAUGAACAUCCCCCACAGUCUCACCCUUGUUCCUGAGCAUGACGCUAUUUGCGUAGCUGAUAGAGAGAAUGGAAGAAUUCUUUGCUAUGCCACUGGCACAGAUGACACAAACCUCGGAGAAUUAUUGGCGAGCAUCGAUGGGCAAGGUCUAGGACGGGUAUUUGCGCUGGACAGGCGAGGUAAAGAUUUAUUCGUCGUGAACGGACCGGAUUUGUGGCAAGAUAUCCUGUCGGUUUCCUCCGAUCAUGGAUUAGUCAUCGAUAUUGAAUCUGGAACUGCCAAGGCUAUCUGGGGACCAGAUACAGGUUUCCAGCUCCCUCACGACUUAGCAGUCUCUCCAGACGGAAAGUUUGUUUAUGUUUCAGAGAUAGAUCUGUCCUCCCCCAAACGUGUGUACAAGUUCAAAAUCCGAGACAGCCAGUCAGACGCACCACACAAGCAAUAGAAUUCCCAAUCCGAAUGAAGACAACAACGGAAUUCCAGCUCCCAAAAUGAUCUGGUGAUAGGACUCAUUAUUUCCCAUUUGUUUUGUUCCAUGUGCCUCGGUUCUUUUACGUCAUUUACUUGUCCACGAAUCACCGGUAUCCUGCAUCAGUAGUGCUCAACCUACGGCCUGCGAAGCUGUCCCUGCGGCCGGUUAUCUUGUUCAGUGUUACAAAUCGAAAAUUUCAAUUAGUCACAAUGUUACUAAAAUGGAGCUACAGUCGAGUCCUGACUUACGCGAGGGAUGCGUUCCAAGAUCCCUCGCGUCAGUCGAAAUUUCGCGUUGUAGAAAAGAGUAUGAGUAAAAACUUUUAUAAACAUACCCAUAUAAUUAAAGACAUUUGUAAACAUCACCUCAAACUGUUAAAAACCACUUCUUAACUAUACAUCACUAUUUCUAACAUAAAAAACUGAAUUUUUAUUUAUGUUAAAAAAAAAAAACGUUUUAUUCAACAUAAUCUUUAACUUUCCUUUAAUUGUCAGAAACAUUCUCUUUUUCAUUCUAUUUUCAAACUUUAAAUGAAACAGCGCUCUUAGGUGUCAUUAUAUUUCAUCAACUUCCCCAUAUAGAAUGAAAAAAAUAAAUGGAAAAUCGGGAGUAUUUAUUUGUAUUAAGCGAUGUUCAGAUAAGUAUGGUGUGGGAACUUUCACUCUCAGUGAUGCCAAAGGGAUGAAGGUCCAUUCACGAAAAAGUUUUUUUAGUAUCCAAUAACUAAGCCGAUACUUAUAAACCGCGAUUCCCUUCGGAAAAUUUUCGUGUUGCGGGCGGAGAAUUCGCGUUAGGUUUAAAAUUCUUUACCGGGAAAAAAGUCGCGUUAUAGCCAUUUCGCGUAAGUCGGUUCGCGUUGUAACGGGAGUCGACUGUAAAUGAUUAGAAACAACUGGUUGCUUUAAAACAUCUGCAACUAAUAAAAUAAGAUUUCUUGUUAUUGUUACUUGAUGCUUAAUUUGUAUUUUUUUUUUUUAUUUUUCCAUAUAUUCUAUCAUGUUAAUUAGAAAUUUUUCACACUCUUUACAUUUUAUGUAUGUUCUGGUUCGCGAGAGUCAUUUUAAUUUGCGUUUUGAUCCUCGGGUGAAAGAAAGGUUGGACACUACUGUCCUACAUGUGCACAUUUGCUUCGAAACCUAUUUGACACUUUCAGUUCAAGAUCCCUUUUUAAUGCCAUAGAAUUGCAACAGAAAUUUUAACAAUAAUUCAUAACAGCUCUAUUAUAUAGAGGGAAGUACAAACCCUAACCAUUAUUAUCAAGAUUCUACUAUAUGCUCUACUAUGCCAAUGUUAUUUCUCAAAGGUGUUUUUUUGUAACAACACCAUAACUUCAUCAAUACUUUAUCAAACUUCAUAAGUAAGGUAUCAUUUUAAAGAUUUUCUCUACCGCUCUCGGCGAAAAAUAAAGAGACAAUUAACAAGUUGAUUGUUUUGUGAAAAAAAAAAACGAUUCUGUGUUUAUUAUGCAUUGGUUCAAAAUACAGCAUCUCGGAAGAAAGGACACAGUUGCGCAGUUGGUUGGCGUUUUAAAAAAGCGAAGUUUGUGAGAUCGAAUCCCCAGCGACCGGUAGCAAAUAUCUUUUAAAUUCUUCUUCAGAAGAAUUCUGACCGAAAUUUCCACGAAUAUGUAAUCUAAAAGCAUUGCAGGGUUCCGAACUACAGUACUGUUGUUGUUAAAAUUAGGAAACAAGACGAUAAUUUUACCAUGAUAAAUCGCAGCGUAACGUUUUAAAAAUGUGCAACAAAUAGAGACAUCGAUUUCAACUUCUUUUAUUGUUCAAUUACGUAUUGCUUUUGUAUAGCAUUCCCGAGAUGGAAGAUCGUUGGCCCAAUUAGUAACAGCAUUCUGCCAAUAACUCAAAAACCACGGGAUCCAUCCUCCCACAAGCCAGACAAUGUAGUUUUUGAAUGACUAAUCUUUCACAGUUGAAUUCUGAUCCAAAUUUCCGUGAGUAUAUAGCCUUAACUCAUUGGGGGGCAGCCUUCAAAGCUAGUUUUGUUGUUGCAUUAAAAUCCGAGAAAAAAGUUCAGGAUGAUAUGAUAAAUCACAUUAAUAAUUAUUCUCAAAGGUUUUUUUUGUUUGUACCGUAAAUUUCUCAAUAAUUUAUCAAAUUGCAAGAACAAAACAUCUUUUUAAAGAAUUUUUCUUCCCUAUCAGCGAAAAUAAACAAUUUCCUCACGUUAUUGCUAUUGUUAGAAAACAACUUAAAAAAUCUGGUUUUUAAGUUGUUUCCAUUGAGCGCGAAUGCUUUACACGGGUUAAGUAGUAAUAGAUAAACGGAUAUGGAGUUAGAAUAACGCUAGGGGGAAACUCUAUACAUCGAUUUCUGAAUGAUUCGGGUCCACCUCCGCAUGAUUAUCCUUUUUUUUUUCGGUUAUUUACUACAAAACAAACACCCCAGAGAACAUAAAUCCCACUACCCACGCUCACCACGUUGUGUUUUUUCUACAAAGAGAGUUCUUAUCAAGAAUAUUUUCUAUUUGUUUUGCUUUAGGUACAAAAACCAUAGGAACUUAUCCAUAAGCUUGUGUUUCCGAUACAUUGAAUUCAUUUGUAUUUCACAGUUACUUUAGGCAAUGCUCCCGUGUAUAGUGUGUUCGUAAAUCUUUUUUUUUUUUUUUUUUGAAAAAUAUUACUAGAAAAAAUAUCGGGAAUAAUUUUCUUCGGAAGUUCCUGCCUCUAUUUGUUCUUACUGUCGUAUAAUUAUUAACUGUUCGCAAUGUCUUUCCUUUUGUUUCAAUUUUCUUUUCUUCACUUCGUAUUGUGUUUAAACCGCAAUGUCGGUAAAACAUAAAAUUAUGCUGAAUGCUAAAGUUAAAUUUAAAUGCUUUCUUGAAACAUCAAAUACGUAUUAGAAUAGUUACAAUAUUGAAAUUCUUGAAAUUUUUAACCAAUUGCGUAAUACACGGUAUUUCAAUAAACAUAACUAAAUUGCCCAAAUAUUUAGAGUAUCUAAUAUGGAACUUUUGUACAUAACAAUUAUUUUUUCAGUUGAGUACAAUAGCACAAGCGCUCAUUUUCACUCAUAUGUUUUUUAUAUGCGUUAUGUAUUGGAUUUAACAGAUAAUUUCGGGUCUCUCCAUUUAGUAAAGAUAGUUUUUAUUCUACUGAAGUAGCAAUUCAUUAGCAAUGCAGCAUAUUUUACACAUCAUGAAACUUUUGCUCGUUUGUUGUACAACAAGCAUUUUAAUGAGCAAUACAGAUAUUUGGUUCAUAAGCCUCCCACCUAUCAAGUGAUGAACAUUGAUGUUAUUUGCAACUAGUGUUUAUAAUACUCCUCUUAUAUUUCUUUAAAAUGUCAGAUAAUGUUUAAUUGAGACAUUGAUUUCAUCUUUGGUGUUAAAAAGUUUAUUUCAAAAUCUUCGUUUUAAUUCAUAACAGGUUCAUCUUAAUUUGAAUUCUAAAUUAAUUUAUUUAGGAGGAAUUGUAAGGUUUUUUAAAAUUUCUGCUUUUACUCAAUUUGAGAUUGUGGAUAAGCGCAGAUUUAUCAGUAAAAUCGAUGUGUUGAUGGCAAUGAUUAAUCAUUGACUGAAAUUUACUUUGAAUAUUUAUCAAGUAUUCAGCUCCGUGUAGCCAUAAUUGAGACUAUAGCUGAUAUGAGGUACAGGUAACAGUUCUGGCUCAACCUGAAAUUAUUUCACUGAUGACAGAAAUAUGAAUUAAAGUAAUAUGGUUAAUUUGAGCCCUCUACUUCUCUGUAAGGUCACUUACAUUGCAAUAACUCAAAUUCAGUGCGUAAUUUUCUUGAAAGAGAAAGGAACAAGGAAAGGAAAAAUAGAAAAAACAAGAGUAGAGUUUGACCCACAAAUCUAAAGUAAGGCCUACAAAACAUUAAAACUGCCAUCAACAACAAUUGCCAACAAUUAAGAUGGAGUCAGAUAUUGCUCCUUGUAGAAGGUAUAUUUCUAAUAUUUACUACUUUCAUUUUCACUUGAUUUUUACCUCUAGUUGGAACGACAAGGCGGAGCAAUGUUACUUUUACAAAAUGCGUAAGAUAAAUGUGUUUUUCCGUGCUCAAAUUCAGAAAAUCAAAAAGCCCGAGAUUAAAUGGGCCGUAGUACAAAGAAGCAGGGCCCGAUUAAGGCCAAGCAUUUUACGGGGCACUUGCAGCCACAUCUUAUAUUCACGGGGUACCAUGAGUUCCGACUUUAUGGUGCUGCGGUGGUCAACCACUCACUCAAUAUAUUUGUUGAGGUGCAGAGCAUCUCACGCCCAAAGUAAACAAAAGGAAAGGAAAAUAAAUGAAGAAAAUAUUUAUUAUCAUUGUAUUUUUCAAUAACAGAAGAUAAUCAAUCUGGCGAUCCCUUAAAAGCGAGGGCCGUAGGACAUGGCCUAGUUGGCCUGUUUGCUAAUCAGGCCCUGCAAACUAUAAUGAUAGAUGUGCUGCAAUUACCUUGCGUUGGCCAAUGGAAUCUACUCUGCUUAUGUGUUAGGUGCUAUUUCUGAGAAUUAUUUUCUAUUUUAAUUUUUUAUCUCUUUCGCCACUGCAGUCAUUUGCAUUUUCAUUUAACAUCCGUCUCUAAUUUACGUCCAAAUCUCUUACUUUGUCUGAUUCUGUGUCUUCGUGUGUGAAUGUAUGAGUAGUCAUUCAUAGAACGGAUUGUGAAUUUUAUUUCAAAAACUAACAAUGCGGAAGCAGAAUCGAUCUGUGAGCGAGAUUUUUUUUUUUUUAGAUUCCCUUCUUCCAGACUUUGUUCAGAAAAGUCAUUUCAAAAAUGAAACCUUCACAGAUUUGUUAACAUCAUUUGCAUCAAGCCUUCAGUAUUUAACGUACUUUACCUUCAUUAAACUACUUGCUCUUGUCUUACACUAAUAUUUUCUAUAAAUUUUAGAUUUGUUUUUGAUUCUCUUGUCAGCUUUCCACCAAGAAAUGAAGUAAAUUUUAUAGAAUUAACAGCAUAAUCUCAAAAUUAAAUAAUAGUUAUAAAAAACAAAUCACACAAAUGGUCUCGUCCAAAAGCUCCUGGGAAGAGUCUUAGUAACUGCCGAACACAUUCAGUCAGAGAAUCAAGUAUACAUUCGUCGAAUCAUACGUGGUAAUAAUUAUUAUUUAUGCAUAACUGUCCUAAUUUUCGAACAUUACAAAGGCAUUUUUUAUUCUAAGUCACAUUCCAGGGUGCUCAUGAUUGCGUAAAUUAUCUUGACUGUCUAAACCGAGGUUACAUAAUCAUUUAUAUUUAGUUUACAAAAAUGCUAGAUAGAAUCUAUUGGCGAACGCAAAAACCUGUUCAAACGCACAAAAAACUUGUUAAACAUUCAUUAUUAAAUAUGUAUUUAUUGUGUUAUAUGUCAUAAGUUGUCAGACAUGAACAAAAAAGAGCCUUAAAUAAUUCCAAGGUAAAAUUGCGUCGAAGGUUUUAUGAUAUUCAUACUGCUUCUAUUAAACACUUAAACAGCACCAAAAAGAAAAAAAGGUGAUUAAAUAAAAGAGAAUGUAUAAAGUUUGUUGGAAUAAUUGCGGACUUUUGCUAGUUGGAAUGUAUUCAUUCUCAAUUUAUAAAAAUGACGUACUUUAAAUGGAUAAUUUUGAAAUUAUAUGCAUGAAACGGAGUCGUAAUUUGGAAACUCGUAAGUGAGUUGCUGUAGUUUUUAAGAAAACUGUGAAUAAAUGAGAAAACAUUCUCUUUCAUUCAUAUUUUUUAAACAUAAUUUAAUAUUUUUAUGUUCCUGAGAUGUAAAAUAUGUCAAUUUUACUUUAUUCCAGCAGUUUCUAACUUAGAGUUAUUAACCUCUAAUAUGAUUCAUCAAUGGCAUUUUUUAAUGGAAAAGUUAAGUACAAGGAUUUAAUCAUUGCUCGAUUUCAAAACAAAAUGCAUAUCAAACCUAACUAACUAAUCGGUAAUCAUUACUGAUUGGCGAAAGACGUUGUGGAAUGGAAAAUUUUAGUUUUUAGGUACAAAAACUUGGAGCUGGACUUGUAUGUGCAUAAGUCGAAACUACUCAAAAUGUGGAACAAAUUGUUUGAACUAAGCAACAUCAACCGUCCCAUUUACUACUUCUUAAUAAAUCAUUGCUAAAAUACUGGAGUUUUCUUUAUCUGGAUGACUAAAAUUGAUUAAAAGUAUUAUUUUUCAUAGUUUAAAGUAAAAAUGCUACAGUUAGUAUAUAUAUAAAAGGUGUCCCAAAAUUAACGGAAGAUUUGAAUUUGCCGCCAUUUUUGCAAUAAAUUGUGGGCAAUCUUGAAAAAAGAACAGUUUGGCAGCCGAGGGUCUAGGGUUAUUACAAAUGGAGCGUUUUCGAUUCUGUAAUGCGUUUUCAUUAUCGAACAAUUAUUUGAAAAAUAAUGAAAGUUUGGGCGGGUCAAGCAGUUUACUGUUAUUGGCGCUCGAUAUCGCAAUUAGGUAAUGCGCAGGUGGUUGUGGGAUUGCUGACAUAGACGUUUGACUUCAAAUAACCCCAUAGGGAGAAGUUUAAUGAUGUAAAAUCACACGAUCUAGGGUACAAUUCAUAUCACCGAAACGAGAGAGUACACGAACAGGAAAUUCCUUCUGCAGUGAUUGAAUUGUUUCGCUGUCUGUAUAAUAGCACAACACUCCAUUUUUACUAACCCUAAACUCCCAGCUGUCAAAUUGUUCUUUUUCCGUGGCUGCCAACAAUUCACAGCAAAAAUUGUGGCAAAUUCAAAUCUUGCGUUAAUUUUGGGACACCCUUUAUAUAUUUUUUUUAAACUAAACUUUUUGGAAGUAUUUUCUAACAUAUUACCCACAUUUCAUGGCUAACAUUCUUAAUCAAAGCUAUUUGACGAAUUUUCAUGAUAACACCUCGAUUUGCUUUCUUGGUAGAGAAAGUGUAAUUUCCAAUAUGGCGAUGUUCAGUUUUAAAAACUUAGUUUUUAAAAUCAGUUUCAGGAGUCAUUUAUUUAAAGGUUCCAACUACAACACUAAUUCGUAGGUUUAAUCCAGCAACGGAACUUUCAUAUUGUUUGCUCUUUAUUCAAAUAAUUUAGAAGAGGUCCUCGAGUCCAUUUGUGUUAUGAUGCAAAAAGAAUUUGACUGUUAUUGCAGCUGAUUUGUACCAAGUUUUCAAUUUAUUAAACAGUCGGAUUUUGCUGAUGUCGGAAUGUUAUUUUCAAAUUAUUUCAGAAAAUUAAGACUUUUUUUUUUUAUUGUUGUAUAUUGUAGAUGUUUACUUGUUAUGAAAUGUUAAAAACACAAAUUGAUCCUUCUCUGUUUGUAUUGUUCUGUUAAUAAAAAAGU